UUGAUUCGGAAACGCUGUUGGAGAGCGGUGGAGUUUUCCUCAAAACUAGCUUAAUGGCUAAAUAUCUCUGACAACACAGCGUACAACUUUGGCCUCAGGUUCUGAUCAAAUAAUAUAUGUACAGUUAGAGGUAAACCUCGCAUCCGGUUAUGACGUUAAAUCUGCGCAUCACUUGAGGAAAGUGUCGCCGAACUGAGCAGGAUGCGAGCGCGUGUGUCGUCAGCGUAACACACUGCAGGAAAUUAGCUUGUUAGCUUAAACAGCUAGUCAAGUGUUAGUAUGCGGCUCGAGUUUCCCUCUUUAUGCUCGUACUCGAUGUAAAUAACCUCUGCGCAAUGGACACCGGGGCAAUAGUGAUCCGGAUAAAGACGCCGGCAGGGGACAUGGACUCGGCCGUUGACUGUCCAUCGCUUCUGAACUUCAAUGACUUGCUGGUCGCAAUCAGAGAUGUCAUGCCUGAAGCCACGGUCACAGCCUUUGAAUAUGAAGACGAGGUGGGGGACAGAAUCACUGUAAGAAGUGAUGAAGAACUCAAAGCCAUGUUGUCAUAUUACUUCAACACGAUGAAUGAACAACGCAUCAAUGGGCUGCUGCCGGACCCUCUGCAGAUCUUUCCACGAGCCGGCAAGACUCCAGGGAUCCGGAACAUACAUGGCCUGAAGGUUAAUACAAGACCUAACCCAGCCAAUGAUUGCACUCAUGCCAUCCCAGACUCCAUGGCCAACAACAGCUUAAAGAAAUCUUCUGCGGAGCUGAAGAGGAUCCUGACAAAUGGGCAGAUAAAUGCUCAAGAUAUCCACUAUCAAGAGCAGCUUGGCCAUGGAAACGGAGGCACGGUUUACAAAGCGUACCAUCUUCUGGGCAAGCGGGUUUUAGCCGUCAAGGUCAUUCCCCUGGAUAUCACGGUGGAAUUACAGAAGCAGAUCAUGUCAGAAUUAGAAAUUCUCUACAAGUGCGAUUCCCCUUACAUCAUCACUUUCUUCAGUGCCUUUUUCGUCGAGAACAGGAUAUCCAUUUGCACCGAAUUCAUGGACGGAGGUUCUCUGGACGUUUACAAAAGAGUUCCAGAGCACGUGCUGGGGAGGAUUGCAGUGGCAGUAGUCGAAGGCCUGACAUAUCUGUGGAGCCUGAAGAUACUUCACAGAGAUGUCAAGCCUUCCAAUAUGCUGGUGAACACCCGAGGACAAGUCAAGCUCUGUGACUUUGGUGUCAGCACACAGUUGGUGAACUCUAUUGCCAAAACGUAUGUGGGAACUAACGCGUACAUGGCGCCAGAAAGGAUAUCCGGAGAGCAGUACGGUAUCCACGCAGACGUCUGGAGUGUGGGAAUCUCUUUCAUGGAGUUGGCGCUAGGCAUGUUCCCCUAUCCACAGAUUCAGAAAAAUCAAGGAUCUUUAAUGCCUCUCCAGUUACUGCAAUGCAUCGUUGAUGAGGAUCCUCCCGUGCUUCCCGUCAGCGAGUUCAGUGAGAAGUUUGUUCACUUCAUCACUCAGUGUAUGCGGCGGCAACCCAAAGAAAGGCCUGCCCCUAAUAACCUCAUGGACCAUUCCUUCAUCAUCCAGUUUAACGAUGGCAACGCGGAGGUGGUGUCGAUGUGGGUGUGUCGCUGUCUGGAGGAGAGACGAGCUCCGCAGGCUCAGUGAUGGACCAGGACAUUUUCAUCUUAUCUCACACUGAUCACAGGCGCCAGGGUCCAGUACGUCCAUAUGCACACAUGCGCCGGGACAUCAAGGAGCUCACAUCCUUUUGAACUUAAUCUCCGCAUCCAAAACUGCGCUUUCUUUUUUUAACGUGGGUCUCCAUCUGCAGCCCCGUCCUCACGUUUUUUGGGGUUUUUUUAGGGAAUAUAUAGAAACGCAGAGAAGCACGUCACGGUCUGGGGAGCGGAGAUGAAUGGUCCUGAUCCAAAAGGGAGCGGUGAAGCAACCUAAAAGCACACGACUGCAAUACGCCGGCAGAGAGCUGCUCUGUUUUUGGGGAUGAUCUUUCAAAUAACCGUCUCGUGCUUUAACCGUUGACAGCCCUCUUGUGAAUGUUGAGGUUCAUGCCUGUGAGGAGCUGCCAGUGUGUGUGUGUGCCUGUUUCUUCCAGUGAAGUAAACCUAUGUUGAAUCGGCAUCGCUCCCCCCCACCAAUAAUUGCUGUUUUUUGUUUAUUUCCUGGGCGACAACAUGUGUAUCCAGUUGUUCCUCAAUGUUGUGGAGUCGGGUUGUAAGUGGAUCCGAAGCUCGAGACAAGCGGUAGCGAACGCUUUGAAGCAGCCCUCAAAGAAUAAGAGACAUUAUGGACGAGAAGUGAAACUUAACAGAAGCUAUAUCUCUAAUAAAGCAACGCUUUUUAUAUAUAAGUUAUUAUUUUUAUUCACUUUAAUCCUUAUAAGCACGAUGUCUCACAUGCUGCAGAAAACACGCUAUUUUAUUUGAUGGCCAAAUGAGAUCAGCUGAUAAAGGCGGAGCACUUAACACCAAAGACCACCGACAACCCAAAUGGUGAGUUGUAUGUUGACACACAUAAUGGGUUAAAUUACUAAAAUAUUACGACACGGUCUUGGUGUGCAGCUGCUGAACUGUGUAGAGCUCAAGUGCAAUUAAAAGCCAUUUCUUCUUCCACAAAGGCCCAGUAAACGCAGCGUACAGUACAGUUGGUCUGUUGUGUUUAAAAAAAUAUAUUUUUUUAAAUAAUUUUUAUGAGGAACAUUUACUUUCCUUUAGUAUGUGUUGGUAAAUCCCAAGCUGCGUCCCAGCUGCAUCCUACAUACUUAUUCAUGUGUGUGUGCAUACCAAGUAUGCAUAUUAAAUUAACUAGAAAGUGGAGGGUUUUUUCAGACUUCGGUUCCCAAGAGUGAAAAUGUACUCAUUUACAAACACCUGAAAUUGAGGCACAGUCUUUUUACUUGGAUGUAAAUACAUAUACUUUGACCUUAACUUGUUGGCGCUGUGCAAGAUGCCGUUUGUUUUCAUAAAGAAAUGAAUGUCACUAAAAGAUGUCCCAGUAGCAUUAUACCUUUUUAUAUACAUACUGUAUAUUGUUAAUUAUAUUUGUCUAACUGUCACAUUCUACCGUGGUAAUAACACAUCUGUGAGACAUCCACCUCAUUAAGUUGGCCUUAAAUGUAACUGAAGCUAUAAAUACUUGGCAGUCUGGUAAAACAAAUGUAAAUGCAAAUGUUAAAUGUAUUCUUGGAACUCAAAUGAAACCAAAAAGUUUAUUUUUUUCUUCUUCUUAGCAGAUGUGCUGUUUCCAAUGGUCUCUAAUGGUUUGGAAAUGUACUCAUUGCCGGUGUUUUUAAAUAUGAAUCUGCAGUAUCAGUGGAAAUAUUUAUUAUUUUUUUAUCUUUCAGCUUGACUCGUUAUUUUUCCUGUUGUUGACGAAACCACGAAACAUUAAGUCAGUGAUGGGACUCAGCAGAAAUAUUAUUGCUGUGAUAUUACUGGCUUAUUGUAGCCUUUUCUGUAAUUAUCUGUGUUGGCACAUAUUCCAACCGUAAUGCACAAAUAGAAUAAAAAGUAUUUAAACAUAAUCA